GGGCUUGGUGAAAGGAAAGCGAGGGAACUGGGAGCGAAAACAGUGUGAUGUGUGUGCUGUGAAUUCAAAGCUGGGUGGGUCUACACGGUUUCACAUUCCCAAAAACCUCCCGUUGCCGUGCGUUAAAGCACUUUCAGUUUUUAGAAAGCCACGAUGUUGAUGCUGGCUGGAAUCGUUGUUCUGCACAUUACCACCAUCAUCCUGCUUCUGGUGGCCGCCAUACAUAAUGCCUGGUGGGUCAAUGAUAGUUCUACAUUGUCAACUGACUUGUGGGGCAGGUGGGAGUUGACAAACUCAGCCUGGCAUUACACCAACCUGAAAAACUAUCCAGAGGAUUAUCUCCAGGCGGUGCAGGCCACUUCAGUGCUGGCCUGUAUUUUUGCCAUUCUGGCCUUGUUUGUGUUUGUGGCUCAGCUGUUCACCCUGCCCAAAGGCCAGAGGUUCACCUUCACCGGCAUUUUACAGCUGAUCGCCUGCCUGUGCAUAAUGAUAGCAGCCUCAAUCUACACAGCAGAGCUUCACACCAAUGAAACGGAGGGAGGAUAUGGACAAUCCUAUGUCCUGGCCUGGAUCUCUUUUGUCCUCACCUUCAUCUUAGCAAUCACCUACCUCAUCCUGCGAAAGAAGAGCGAGUGAGAGGAUAAAAGGAAUGAGGGCAUGCCUGGGAUCAUGUUCCCAGUUUGAAUUUGGGAAAUUAAAUAAUAGGAAAAGGAAGUGUUUAAAAAAUGAUGGAAAAGACUGUAGCUAGGAAAAUGUGUUUGUGUGUUUACAAGAGCCAUUUGUUUAUAUUUAGAAUUUCAUAAAUUGAAAUGGAAGUCAUACAUGCAGUCAUGAAGGGCUGAACUUAAUCAUUUUACUUGAUAGAUUUCUAUUUAAUUCAAGAGGUGUAGGGUAUUACUUCAUACUGUAAAGGAAUAGACAUUUUGAGAAAUAUACAUGCUUUCUUGAGUUGGAUGAGAGAAUAGAUGCCAGACAUAUCUGUGCAUAAGGUAUGAAGCUACUGCCAGCAGACAGUUAACUAGCAUAACGACUGGAAAUAGCUAGCCCCCCAAAAAAAAGUGUAAAAAUGACAAAAUGUGGUUUUGUGUUUUUUUUUCCUAAAGAAAAAUGAUUUCUUUAGGAAGCUACCAAAGUUGAUUAAGUAGGAG